UACGGCGGUUUGAAUAAGUUAAAAAACAACAUCAAACACUAUUUAAAUAUCAUCCGUUUUCAAACACAGCCACAUUGAUCUGAAGCACGAGACAUGGCAUUGAGACACGUCAAUGAUGAAAUUAAAGUGAACGACCAAGAAGUUUGACUGUCUUAAUCAGAUAUCCAUUCGUGGCGAACGGAGACGUCAACAGCUACUGCAACACAGGACGCGUGAGUUUGCAUGAUUAGGGAAAUGAUAGGGAUUGUAGAGAGAAAGUUAAAGUGAUACGUUUUCUUCCGUCUCACACUCCAUGCAUUGACAUAUACAUUUAUACGGCGAAUGGAGAAAACCCCAGCCCCAGUAAAAACAGGAUACGUUUUACAAACGGAUCACAAUUCGUGGUCAACUUCCAACACGUGCGCUGUUUGAAUGGAACCAUGAUUGUGGUGACAUCUUGCUCGUUCGGUGGACUUUGCAUAUAUUAAUGGCUCAUCGUGUGCCCAUAUAUCGGAUCAUGAAAAGGUUGGCUAGAGGUAUGGCUCUUUAAACCUGUUUUUGCGUCCAAAACUCUAGGACGAGAAAUUGGUCAGAAUCAAAUGAAGACGAGCGAAGACUAAAAACAGCAAUCUAGUAAAGCAUUAUGUUUGCCCCUCAUAACCUCUCAUUAACUUGGUUAUACAUUGUAUAACCAAAUGACAUUAUAUUGAGACGACUGACGUUUUUGUUGGUGUUUUGGCUCUUUAUCCUGUUUAUACGCCAAGAAAUCUGAUAAGAGGAGGAGUCGUUCAGAAGUGAAAAGAAAAGAAUGGAAUUCAGUAAAAUCAGAUACAUGUAGCAGUGUUCUGGAGACAGUCUUCUGAAUAUGUCUGCUAUUAGAAUGACAUUUGCUAAAAAAUGGAGAAUCCUCGUGUUGAUGACAAUGUUGUUUGUUGUCUUCUUAUGGUCCACGCAGGAUUAUAUAGGAACGGUAGAAAAAUCUAACCAAAAUCCAGAAUACAACAAAACAUUUAUAUAUUCUACAAAAAACUACAAAUCCAAUAAAAAGGGAUCCUUUCUCAACCAAAACCAGUCAUAUAAUGUAACGCAUUCAAACUUUAUCCAAAGUUUAAAAGUCAAAAAACCGUAUAUAUUAAGUAAGAAUCAAAGUAAUGCACACAACAAAACAUUUUCACAAUUUCAGCCGAGCAACACAAAUAACAAAACAAGUUUAAAUUCAAAACAACAUCAAAGAAUCUUUCGCAUUGCAUGGCAUGAACAAGAUCCUGAGAUUCGGGAAAGUCUUUCCAAGUAUGAUCCGACUAAAUGCAAAAUUCCAAAUUGCCUCAUAGAAAAAAGCCCCGCUCUGGCGGAUAUCGUUGUAUUACGUCACAGUCAUCUCCCUUUUAAUCGAGCGAUUGCAAAAAAGAAAGGACAACUGUGGGUAUUGUAUAGUACCGAAAGCCAGUACCACACCCUUCGACCCCCCAAACAAUGGGCCGAUAAAAUUGAUUUAUCUGCUUCCUACAUGGAGACAGCAGAUUUUUAUGUGCCAUUGUAUGGAAGACUUUUACAUAAUAAAACAUACCCCUUACUAAAUUAUACCGGAGUUUUAGCCAAUAAAACCAAAGAUGCUGUGUGGGUGUCGAGUCACUGCAGCACACCAUCUAAAAGAGAAAAUCUGGUAAAAGAGUUAAGUAAACACCUUACGGUUGAUAUGUACGGACAAUGUGGAACGAAAAAGUGUGGCACACAAUAUGACGAUUACACAAAGUGCAAAGCAAUAUUUGAAGAGGACUACAAGUUUUACUUGGCGUUUGAAAACUCCAUUUGUAACAACUAUACCACGGAAAAAUUGUAUUCACUUUAUCGGGAACACGCGCACAUCAUUCCCGUCAUAAAUGGCCCACAGGACGCGGGGAAAUACCUUCCCAAAGGAACUUACAUCAACAGCCUCGAUUUCAAUUCACCAAAAGAAUUGGCAGAGAAACUGAAGCAGAUCGGAUCCAAUGAAACUGAAUAUAUCCGUUAUUUACAAGAAAAGGAUAAAUAUGUGAUGAAAUAUUCUAUCUCUGAAUUGAUAGUUAGAGGGAUUCAUAAGUUUCAAUGUGAUAUGUGUAUUUAUCUGUCUGGACGUAACAAUAGUAGUCCUGCCCCGAAUCCGAAAAAUUGGCAACGUAUAUUUGACCCUAGUGUGCACUGUAUUCCAGGAAUAUAAAACAUUUAUUUGAGUUAUACCUUUUUACUAUCAAAUAUAUCUGCUCAGUUGAUUACAUGUUUGCUCAAUUAAUUACAAAAUUAUAUUUACGGGUAUAUAAUGAAAAUCUGUCAUGCCAAUUACAUAAAUUUUCAUACAAGGAAGUGCUAUAUGAACAAUUUUUGCAGAUAUGUGGCGUCAAACGAUAUUUUAAAUCCAAAAAUUUCAAUUAAAAUGUUCUUUAAUAUUUAACUGUACAGAUAUGCACUACCUGUAUAUUUAAUUACAUAGUUUUUAGUCAUCAUGGUUUACAUGUUAAAUAUCUUGUUUCAGCUGAAUUUACUUGCAAUAUGGUUAUACUUGUACUACGUAUUCUUUUAAGUCAGAACAUUAUACAUGUGUGUAGGAUUUGUAUGUAGGAAUCUAUUGAUUUGGAAAGAGGUAGACUUAGUUUGUAGCAAAUAAAAAAGUAGAGUGAUCGAUUAGAUGAUA